AUGGCAACCAACAUCAACACGCACCAGGCUGCUUCGUCUUAGUCGAUUUUUCAACGCGAGUUGAAGUUUUGUAUUUUCUCAGGCAGCUAGCGAGCUGUAAGUGUUUAUCCUCACCAUGAACCGUGAUUACUACGAGAUUCUUGAGCUAAACAGAAACGCAACAGAUGCGGAUAUCAAAAAGGCAUACCGACGUCUUGCGUUGAAGUUUCAUCCGUGUAAAAACAAAGAAGUUGGAAGUAAGGUGAUAUUCCACGACCUGGGUGAAGCCUACGAUGUUCUCAGUGACCCAAGAAAAAAGGCAACUUAUGACAAAUUUGGUGACGAGGGACUCAAAGGUGGUAUCCCUGUAGAGUUUAGCAGUGGUGGAACUUGGUCCUCCAAAUAUACCUACCAUGGCAAUCCUGACAAAACGUUCAGACAGUUCUUUGGAGGUGACAACCCAUUUGCAGAUUUUCACACCAUAGAAUCAGCUCUUCAGUUCAGCUCCCUGGUGGUAGGAGUUGAGAAAACACAAGAUUCUCCAAUAGAAAGAGAUCUCCCUUUGUCCCUGGAUGAUCUCUUCCACGGAUGCAUAAAGAAGAUUAAGAUUUCUCGCAGGGUUAUGAAUGAGGAUGAACAAACUUCCAGUAUCAAGGAAAAGAUUCUGACUAUCGAAGUAAAACCUGGAUGGACGGAAGGCACCAGAAUCGUUUUCACCAAAGAGGGAGAUCAGGGACCAAACUGCAUCCCUGCAGACAUUGUGUUCAUAGUGCGGGAGAAGCCUCAUCAUUCGUUUACAAGACAGCUCAGUGACCUCAUCUUCAAGGCCAAGAUCUCUCUGGAGAUGGCCCUGACUGGCUUCUCUGUGAAUGUGGAGACACUAGAUGGCAAGCUGCUCACCAUUCCUGUCAAUGACAUUGUGCACCAGUCGUACAAAAAAGUGCUGAGUGGAGAGGGAAUGCCGCUGCCGCAGGAUCCGACCCAGAGAGGAAGCCUCAUCCUCACCUUUGACAUUGAAUUCCCAGAAAAGCUCUGCGCUGAAAGCAAGCAUCUGAUCAAACAAGCUCUAAAUCUGAAAUAUUCACACUAGUUUAGCUAAAUGUGUGGCACUCCCAAA